AUUAUCGUUUUUAUUUUGAAAUAUAAAAUAAUGUUACACAUUUAAAAAAAAAAGAAAAGGAAUUAUAAAAAAAAAAUGAAUAUCAACAUUUGCAGAUUUCAUUAUCAAGAGGAAAUAUAUUUCUUAAUUUAACUUAGCGUGAUGGAAUAAUUUGAUUCAUUUUAUUUUAUUUUAUUUUAUUUUAUUUCAUUUGAUUUCAUUUGAUUUUAUUUGAUUUCUUCCCUCUACUACGAAAUUUCUGUUUAGAUAGGAAGACAAAUAUAAACUUGGUGCACUCACUCAAUUGAAAGAAAACGAGGACUUAAGCGAUUGGAAUGAGAGAAAAAUAAGAUAAGAAAUUAUUUCCGAAAUAUAUAUAUGUAUAUAUAUGUAUAUAUAUAUAUAUAUAGAGGGAGAGAACAGCUAACGGAGAUAUACACUUGAGAGAAAAUUCUAACACCGGGACACGCGUUUAAAUAUUAUCCAUACAUAUACGUAUCAAUAUAAAUUAAACCAUCAGAUUUAGGAAAAAACGAAGAAAAAUAUUAAAUCAUCUGAAUAUACGAUUCUUCUUGUUUGUGGAGCGUCGUGCGCUGAUAUUUUGAAUAGAUUAUGCUAAUGAAGCACCUCUUCAAAGGAUGACGUCACUAAUUAGAAUUGGAAUAUAAAAAGUAUUGUUGAAGUUUUUACAUGCGGAAAUGCAGACAGUUGGUUCCGAGUAACCAGCGAUGGAAGAAGACCCAAAACUUCAGUUUGUCGGGUCGCCUUGUGGUAAACAUGGAUCUUACAUAUUUUACAAGGCUUUUAGAUAUUUCAAGGAAGGCCAAACAAAGAUUCUUUCUCCUGGAGAAUUUUUCUUUCUCAAAUUAUUGCGUGAUGGACCAUUAUGUAUUGGUGAAAUUCAACUCUUAUGGCAGGAUGUUCAUAAGCAGAAUUUAUCAAGCUUACGUCUAUAUUUCCUUCCUAAAGACACUCCUAUAGGAGAACUCCCUUCACAUGGCCAGGAUGAAGUAUUUGCUCUGUCUGAAAAAUUGGUGCUGAGGUUACAAGAUCUCGUCAAACUUAUUGUUCAUAAUGUCAACUGGACAUUCGGAUCUCCUGGUGUAUGUGAGGAUGAUGUACUUUCUGGCUUAGAAUCUGUGAAAAUGCUUCAAAAAGAACUUCCCGAUGCCAACCAUAGUAUAAAAUUUAAUGAAAUUAAAAAGGAACGCAAAUUUUAUGACAUAAAGCCAUUGGGUACCGAGGUAAAAAUAGUCAGUUUUUCUGUUUACUGUCGAUAUCGAGCAGUAUCAAGAAGGUGCGAAAAUGUGAAGGAGAAGUUCUUCAAAAAUGUCUUUGUUGCCGCUUGUGGUGGCAUUAUGAUGAAAACUCGGAAUGGACGUAUUAUGUUUUGUCGAGAAACUUUCAAUGAUCCGGAUCUCGCUAAUUUGGACAUCUGCCGGGAUUACUUAGCACCUAAUUUGAAAGGAAGGCCAAGAAAGAAAAAAAAACUGAAGAAAGGAGCAUCCUUAUCAUCAGACAGCAAUGAAGAUUCGCCUGGAGAAACCAUGCUGGUGCGACACAAAGCAAAUGGCAACAAACUGAGGGAACCUAGACAUGAACAACUUAAUGGAUAUAAUAAGCAUGACUCAAUCCUUACGAAUGAGAAGUUAUUCCUGGAAUCUCUCCACAAUUUCAUGAGAAAAAGGACCACUCCCAUUGAACGGAUUCCAUCAUUGGGCUUUAAAAUGAUUGACUUGUUUGCAUUUUAUAAGAAUGCAUACAAAUUGGGAGGUUAUGAAAGGAUUACUAAUCAACGAAUGUGGAAACAGUUGUAUGACAUGAUGGGUGGUAAUCCUGGAAGUACAAGUGCCGCAACUUGUACAAGAAGGCACUAUGAACGUUUAUUACUUCCUUUUGAAUUAAGUCAAAAAGGAAAGGAUCUUAAUACAUUAUCGGAUAUAAAACAGAAGAAAAGUUCACAUGUAUCAAAAUUGGACACCCAUCACUCGAAACAACUUUUACACAGAUCUAAUGAGGACAAAAAAGACAAGAGAAACAGAAUGAGUAUUGAAGAAAAAGAAAAGAUGUGGGAUGAAAUGAGGAAAACCAAUGCUCAAAAUCGAGAUAAUGUUCGACGAUUUAAAUCUGGGACCCAACCAACAGUCAAAAAACUCUUAUGUGAAAAAUACAACCAGGAUCCGUCAGAUGUACUGCCUUCUUCAGUCAAAAGAGAACCAUCUGAUACUAAGCCUUCGGAAGAGUCUUUAAGCCUUUCAGCAUCUCCCUCAACACAUGUCAAGAAAGGACCAAGUGUGACUCGGAUUUCACCUGAAGUCAAAAAUCCCGUCAUACCUGUUGUAAAGCUAGAAAGUCCUAUAAAUGAUUGGAAAUUAAAUGCGUGUUUAGCCAUACCUAAGGAAAUAACUGCUGCUGCUGUACUUGCCAGUCAAUCACCUAGUCCUAUCCAACUCGGCCUAGACAAGAAACAAUCUGUUAAUUAUGUGGAAAAGAGUCAAGUUGUGACACUGCCAUCACCGUCUCCUCCCUCUAAUCCUUCCUAUGAAAGAAUCAGCCCUGUUGAUCCAGUCAGUUAUGAACCAGACAAUUAUUCUGUCAAACCAGAAGUAUCACCAUGCAGUGAUGUCAGUGACAAUAAUGAUUGUGAUAAUCAGAUAAAAACUCGGCCAGGACCAAGCAUACUUGGACCUUUGUUACAUAAACAGAAACGAGGACCUGCUUUUCAGAAUCAUCACAUUCCAUCAAGUGGGGUCGCUACAGUUCCUAAUGAUUCUAGUAGUAGUAGUAAGUGUAUUGAAAGUACACCUCCUUGUAAGGUGCAACUUACUUCCAAAGUAAACACCAACACCAGUGCAACAUCUGUAGCUCCAGCCAUCUCUUCUAGGUCAUCUACAGCUGGUCACUCAGUCCCUGUUAAUCGCAUACCUGAAAAUGGUCGGUGGCACGUUCCGAAGGUGGCUCAUACCCAACCACCUCGAACUCACCGAAACGAGGAAUUAAAAUCACGUACUGUACGUCAGACGGUUAUUCAACCAACUCCACAAAGCCCUCCAAAUCAUUUGCUGUCCCUUGCAUCUCCAUUGACCAAAUAUAGUCGCCCACGACUUGAAGACUCUCUACCUCAGCCUGCUCAUACCAACCAUAUGAAAAGAGCUCGUACCUAUUCUAACUGUUCCUAUAACCUUAUGUCACCAAUUACAGCUCACAUUUCAAAAACUUCUAGCAAUAAUAUGGUAUAUUCUACUGUUCAUAGCAUGGAUACUAACUCACCAUAUUAUAUUCCUCCUCCUCCUCCUCCUCCCAAGAGACAAAAACUGUCAAGCAGUCACACAUCAUCAUAUUUGGACACUGUACAUAGACCAAAUGACAUACAAUCAGAACCAACAGAUUUAUCUAUGAAAACAUUGAAAAAAGUUGUAAAUGGAAGGAUGAGUUACAAAAAUUCUUCAAAAGAUUAUUCAAGAAAUGAUAUUAAUGAUUCUAUGCCUAGCAUGUCAUUUGGAUCUUCUUCGUCUCCAACUAGGGAUCUUCAAACUCCUCUUGAUAUGACUACAAGCUCAAAGAAAUACAAUGUAAAGGUAUCCGGCAAUAUGUCAUCAAAUAAAAACUCUUCGUCACCAUCAGAAUUGAAUGCAUCUGCUUUAAGUUCAUCUAACUCUUACCUAGCGGGAUUAAACUUACCUGCCCAGUCAGUACAUCCAGCCUUCCCACAGCCCCUUCAGCCCGCACAUUUGAUGCGAGGUGGGAUGAUCUCUUCAACACAUAUGCAACGAAUGCUGGAAGUGCAACGUUUUCCUCCACCAAUUCCACAGCAGCAGCAGCCACAGCAGCAGCAACAACCUCCUCCGCCCCCUCCACCAUCACUGCCACCGGCACACCCCACUCACAGGCUCGAUUACAGGCCACCGAAAGACUUCUAUUCAUUACCUUCCUCCCUUAUACUAAGUCAUCCGCCUCCACCACCACCGCCGCCACCUGCAUUCCCACCUUUCUAUCAAAACAGACAAAAUUUGAAACACUUUGUCCACCCCAAGUAGUGAAGAAUAUUAGGGUUUCUUUUUUUUUUUUUUUUUUCCCCCCUUUCAAAAUAUCAAUUCAAAGACUUGCGUGAGAGCAUUAACAAUUUUGUCUAGAACUACAAAAACACUCCAAAGUUACUUGAAAAAAAAAAAAAAAGGAAAAAUUCUAAGGUGGUUGGAAAAUUUAGCUAUUCCUAUUUUUCAAAAAAAAAUAAUAUUAAAUUCACAAAAUUUUAUUAGGAAUCAAUUGAAAUUUGAUAAUGACUUGUGCUAAAAAUAUAUUUAACUCUCUUUUUGCCUUAUGAGUUACAAUACCAUUUUGAUUCCAUUGUUUUAUUGAUCCAUAAAAUUUUCAAUAACAGUCUGCUUCUUGUUAGACAUUUCUUGAUUGUUUCCUGCUUAAAGCUAGGAAGUUGCCAAAGUCAAAUUUCCAUUUUUUUUUUUUUUACUUUUGUUACUAAAGGAUAAAGAUUUUCCCCUAAAUUUCUUUGGUAGUCUGUUUUCUUGAGUAUUAUCUCAAAAUAAUGUUUUAUAUUUAUAUAGAAAAAGCUCUACAGAAGGUAUCACACAAGAAACUGUGCAUGCCAUUUAAGGUAAUUUUGUGUUAAUUGCACAUUGAAGUUAGUAGAUUAAAUGUAAUAAGUAUUCAAACCUAACGACGUACGGAUGAUUUUGAUCUCUUAGAAUAUUGCAUUUACGUAGAUGUCCAGGCAGUAGUCACUUUCUAUUUCCUACCUUUAUUCUAAUUUAUUAUUUAUUAUUAUUUAAUUUUAUUUAUUUAUUGUGAAUAUACACACACACAUACACACACACACAAACACCACACACACAGAAGAAAAAAAUUUUUAAUAUG